CCAGCCGACAGCUCAAGCAUCUGAGUCCGAGGAGGAGAACUCGCAGCAAAGCUCCCAGGAAGCCGACAUGCAGGUGCUGAAAGCUGCUCGGAAUGUCGUCUCAACUAUGAAGAAUCGUCGCGAGUCCAAGCGGAAAGCCAUCGAAGGAGAUUUGAAGAAACGCGUAGCAGACAUCAGUGCCAAGCUUGAUGCUCAUUUCGAGUCUAGGAAAAACAGAGUUACCAAGCUUCAGAAUGCUCAAUGGGCUAGACUCGACGCUCUGAACAAGAAACGAGAAGCUAUCGAGGCUCAGAUUCUCAACAGCAUGAAGGCAAUUGAGCUUCAGACUACAAACAUCUCGUCUGAACUCGCAGCCACGUAUGAUGGUCGCGUCGAAGAGAUUGAAGAUGGCGCUUCUCCAAGAAGCUAA